GAGAUCUACUUGGACGUGGCGUGGAGCGCCUGGCAACAGGUCAUUGGAGACGAGCGACGUCAACGUGAGAUGCCCAAGGCACAACAGAUGUAUGAGAAGGUUCUCCGCGACACCCAUGAAGCUAUGGGCUUGAACUGCCUCACGAUGUGGAGCAGCAAGGCCGCCGUGCUCCCUUGGCACCUCAGCACUGGGGAGGCCAAAAGUCUCUUGGAGAAGGCACUUCCAUCGGUCUCAGUCGAAGAUUUGGAGAUUUUGAUGGAGACCUUACCAGUUGCGGAUGGUCAGCUCUCCUUCAUUCAACUUAUGUCCUGGCUCUAUCCAUCCAACGAGUCUUCCAUCGAUACGGACGAAUGGAAGGUCCGAAGAAGACAGCAUUGUUCCUGGGCUUCCCGCGGGCGUUCUUUGCUCGUGUUGUCCACCAUUGCGGAGCCGUUUCAACACUUUUGGCGCGAAGUCUUUUUAGACCUGGCUUGGUCGGCCUGGGCCCUUGCCGUGGCCACCUCCCGGCGUCAACGCACGCUGCCGGAGGCACAAGCCGAGUUUGAAUCGGAGGCCGACCGCAUCUCCGCACUCUGUCGCGAGGUGUCCCUAGAUGAUGUGGCCAGCAGCGCGUUGCACAACAUCUUGGCGAGGUGCCAGGAAGAAGCAGCCUUUGGAAGCGCCGAGGGGCAACUGGCAGAUCUCCCCCCCGGUUUUGACCGGGAUCGCAUGAUGGAGGUAUUGAAGAUCAAGGAGCAAGCGAACGAGAAGUUCAGGGCAGGAGAUUAUUUCAGUGCCAAGUGCCUGUAUUCUGGAAGUCUUGAGAUGCUCGAGCGAUGUUGCCUCCAUCUGGACAGAGCUGAUGGUGUUUGGGAAGGCAUCAAGAACAACAUGGCCCUCUGCGACUUGAAGCGCCAAGAAUGGGGCCGUGCCGUUGAAACCACCUCCGAAAUCCUGCAGCGAAACGCCAAAAAUACCAAGGCGCUCUACCGAAGAGGUGUGGCGCGUAUUGGACAAAACAAGUUGAAGGAUGCCCGCGAGGACUUGGAGUCCGUGGUGGAGUUGGAGCCGGAGAAUGCGGACGCACGCCACAAGUUGGCGGAGAUUCUGAAGCAGCUUCGAGCCAAUCGAACCGCAGAGAAGGAGCAGGCCGACAAGCUUCGGGGCUUCUUGCGCGGUGAGCGCAUUGAUGACACCGUGCCCAUCACAGAGGAUGGCAGCGUCCGGAAACUGCAUGGCAACGAAAACUCGCCACUCUUUGCCUCGUGGAUCAAACGCGCCUGGCUGGAAGAGAAGAGUGGCGUGGUCGGCGUGCUCACCUGUCAUGUGGUCAUGAAGACCCCCGCGGGGAAGGAGCUGCUGAACACGCGGAAGCCCCCGGGCGCCCUCUCCACUGAGCUUGGUGCGACAGCCAUGCAGGGCCCCCGCGCCGCCGAGCGACCGGCCGAGCCGGCACGCUGGGUCAUGGACGAUGCCUGGGGCGCGGUGUUCAAAGGAUGGAACAGCGCGGGCAAAACGCUGCAGCUCUAUGAGUUGGGGAAAUUUGAAGUCGCACGACAUCAGAUGGGACCUUCAGUGGAGCCCAGCGUGCGCCGUUGCCUCCGGACCUGGCUCGGCGACCGCGAGGCGCAGCGCCGGAUCUACGGCGACCUGGACGAGGCCGCACGGUCUGCGGCGCUGCGACGGCAGGCGGUGCAGAUCUUGGGAUUUCCCGAGGAGUUCUGCCUGGAGGAGGAGACUGAUUCAGGGUCCACCUUGACCAUGGAGAUGGAAUUGCUGGAAUCCUCUGAGUUUGUGGAUGUAGACGGUGAUGGCAAAUAUCUCCUCCAAACCAUCAAGGAAGGCAAGGCUGGUGGUGCCAUGGUGAGAGAAAUGUCGACGAUCCAUGCGCAUUUCAGAAUAGCCAAGCUCCUCAUGAACUAUGCCCUGAAAGACACCAGACUGGGCUUGGCCAAUGGCGCGAAUGGCCUGGUCCUGCGCGCAGACCGUAGCAAGGAACCGGUGGAAUUUGUGUUAGGGGAAGAGCUUUGUGCCUCUGAGGGUGAUUUUGUCCCUCCCUGCGUGGGGCAGUGCUUGAAGCUUUAUCCAGGCCCUGUGACUGAGGGCACUCAUUUUGAGAUGAUUCUGCGCGAUGGUGUGCCCAUCCGCGAAAUGGAGAAGGACAUCCACAGUGCCUUCAGUGAUGGCCGCUAUGCUGGCUUGCCGGACACCAGCGGCCCCGUGUGCAUCCGGAUCGAGGUCGAGAAGGUCACUCCAGCUUGUGAAGGACCAGCAGACCGUCAAUGGAAGGGCUUGGAGACCCUGGUAGCCGAACGUCGCCGUGCUGAAGCCCUGGAAGCUCUGGAGGAGGGACGUCACAGGGAAGCGGCGCUGCGACGCUGGCGGCGGAUUCUCAGGUGGUUUGAUGAGAUUUUUGCAAGCCGCCGAUGGAAAACCCAGGGUGCUAAGACCGGUGACAGCAUGUACGACCUCCAAUGGGACGACGACUCUGCUCCAGCGCAAUUGGCGGCGCCGUUCCAGUUCACAGCGGAGGCGGCGGAGGCCGAGUGGCUGGAACAGCGGACGGCGACGGUGGAGAAAAUGCCGCAAGGGAUGGAAGUGGAGGACGCCCUGCUGCAGCAGCUGUCGCCCGACGAGCUGCGCGAGUUCGCCGCGGCGCACGCGGCCUGCGCCGAGCUGCUGGGCUCGGGCGCCUCGGGCGCCUCGCAGCAUGGCAGGUGUGCGGUUCAAGCCUGCAAGCUUACGACUGUGCCCGUGGCUGUAGAGGUCCGCGGCCGCUCGGCGUUGGCUUGGCGUUUGGCGGAAGAGGGCAAGUCUGAAGAGGCCCUGGCCAUUUUGAAGGAGGCGCAAGCGUUGGAUCCGCAAAACACGGCUUUGAGGGACCAGGCGGCGAAGUUGAACCAACAGGACUCUCAAAGCAAGUCGGUCACGACGCUGGAGGCCUUGAAGUCCCUGAAGCACGAUCUGAACGACAGCCUGGAGGCCAAAGACCUUCUGGGUCUGAAAGCCUUGCUGGAAGAACUGGACGCCCUGCCACUGACCUGGGAAGCUGCAGCCGAGACGAAGAUCGGCAAGGAGGUGGGCCUUUGCGCCAAGCUGUCAGACGCUGCAGUGGCGGAGCUCGCUCAGAGCAUUAUCGCUAGGCUGCACAAACUCGCCAAGCAGGAACGUGAGAUGAGGAAAGUGACAGACCAUCCGAAAGCGUUGGCGGAAAAAAUCCACGUGGAGAUGAGCAUUGCAGAUGUCGAGAAGCCUCUGCUGCACCAUGAAGAGGAGAAAUCCUCGCGCUUGUUGGUGCAGAUCGCUUUCGCCAUCAUUGGCUUAGCCACGUCCGUGCUGUGGAACCAGCUCAUGCUAUGCGUGGUGGUGCUCACCCAGCUCUUCGGCAAGUCCGCACUGGCUGAAGCCGCCACGGCGCAGAACGCGUGCUGCGCGGCGGCGAUGAUGGUCUUGACCUUCGGACAGAGGCUAUUGCCUGCGGCACAAAUGACUGGCAAAGGUCGGUUGCUUCUCUGUGCAGCGAGCUUAUUUGCCAUGUUUUCUUUUGGCUUCGUUCUGGCCUCCAUGGUUUACCACGUCGAUGGCGCCCAUGAAGUUUUUUUGCUCGUCGUGGCCCUCAAUGGGCUUUGUACAGGAAUGUCUCAAAAUUUGGCAGCUUCAAUUUCAACGAUCUACCCAGGCGCCUCUGGAGCUUUGCUUUUCGGUGAGUCCAUGUCGCCCUUGGUAGCUGUGGUCAUCUCGUGCAUCACGGAGCUGUCCCUGCAACGCAACCAGCGCUUUGCCCAGGCAGCGGCCUGGACCUUAGUGCAGGCGCAGGCGUUUGUGCUGGUGGCGCUGCUGGCGUGUUUGUACCUUUGGCUACACGGCGAUGCUGCGGCAAAGCCCGCGCAGACCGUAGCGGAAUGUAUCCUUGAAGGCGGCCCUGCCAGAGAAUAUGUCCUGCACAGGGUUGCUCAGUUGCUUUGCAACGCAGUGGUUGCCUUCUGCUGUUGCUGCGCCUGGGUCUUUUUACUGUGUACAUCGCCCUUCAUCGCAGAAGGCCUUUGUGGAAGUAAGGCGCUGUGUAGCAGUUUGCUUCCGCAGCGGAUGAUUUCCAUCUCGAACAUGGCAGCAACGUUCGGGCGACUCAUGGGCUUGAAGGUGGGUACGCAGUGGCUCCCCUCUCUGGUCCUGGAGAGUUUGAUGUUGUUGUGCUUCGUCCUCCUAUUGGUGUUCGCAUGCAUCGGUGGAAGACUGGUGGAAGCUUCGUUCACAGCAGCACUGGCUACGGGGCUGACCAUGUUUGGAGGACUGACGUUGUGGAGCAACUUCCUUUUGAUGCGAAAUGACCACAGUGCUCAGAAGAGCUGUGGACAUAGUGUGAUUCUCCCUUGCCACGUCACUACAGAGGUCAUGUGGCUGGCCAUUCAAGUCGGUUCCAUCGCUGGAACUUGUUUAGCAGCUUCACUCUGAGGGCCCUCGUCGUUUUACCACGCUGGGCGGUGCUCGCUGCCCGGAACUCCAUAAAAC